UGUGUGUGUGUGUGUGUGUGUGUGUGUGUGUGUGUGUGUGUGUGUGUGUGAGAUUCUGCCUCUGCCUUGCGAGUGGACCACCAGGCGUCCAGACAAGGACUCCGCCUUUGAGCUUAAUACAACUGAUUGCACUCUGAUCAGAGCUGGUAAUGGUUAAGGCUUCAAAGGCCGCUACCUCUGAGGCUGCCAGCUCUUAUUUCCGACCCUGACAUCUUAGUCCCGGCCUUUGGAAAACGCUUGCCCUCAUCCUCUGUGUCUGUCUUUGACUUCUCUAGAAAAAAAACCAAUACAUUCAUGGAUCAAUUUUCUUCCUUUUUUCGAUUUUUUUUCACGAACUGCAAAGAAAAAAGAUUGAAAACUUUAAAAAAAUCUCUUACUCCAUUGCCAGAUUGUCUUUGUUGACCUUGUGAAUUCGUCACUUUCCAGCAAUAUUCUUCAUGUAACGUCCAUGUUGUUGUUUUGUUUUAAGCCGAUAUGAACACAAAGAUCUAAAAGUGCUCAGAAUAUUAAUGUGAAGGCCAGCUGAUAUGGAGCAUAACAAGAUUUUUCCCCCCAGCCUCUUUGUUCCUCUGUUUUGCACACAGGUUGAAACGUGGUGGAAGAAAAUGAUUGGAAUAAGCCGACCGCUCUUCGUGGUGAUGGUGCAUCUCAUUAUGUUCUCUGCGGCUCAUCAACAGGAAAGGUCAGCGGAGGAUGCGCUGGAGCACACGGGGGGUCGCGCACGGACGGGACACUGCAGCUACGGUCAAACCACUUCCUGUUGUGUGGGAUGGAGGAAUGUUAAUGGCAUUUGUCAUCCGGUGUGCAGGAAGUCGUGCAUAAACGGAAAAUGUGUGGGACCAGACAAGUGUUUAUGCUCCGGAGGGUAUAAAGGCCCUCUGUGUGAUGAAGAUGUGAACGAAUGCGGUUUGCCGGAGAGACCGUGUUCCCAGCGCUGCAUGAAUACCCCCGGUAGCUAUCGCUGUUACUGUGAACCUGGGUACACGCUCGGCGCAGAUGGAUACACCUGCACCAGAGAGGCCGCAUGUUCCUCUCUGCGUUGCCAGUUUGGUUCCCAGAUGGAGAGGGGGGGAGCGGCGCGCUGUCUGUGUCCCCCCGGCCUCCACCUGGCCGCUGACAACAAGACCUGUGAAGAUGUAGAUGAGUGUCAGCACGGGGCCGAUGCGUGUCCACCGCGGCAGACCUGCAGGAACACUUUUGGCAGCUUUGCCUGUGUGUGCCGGGAUGGUUUCGUGAUGGGGACGAUCAAGGGCUCAGUGCAGUGUCGAGAUAAGGAUGAAUGUUUGACCGGGUCCCACCGGUGCAGCCGCCAUGCUCAGUGUGUCAACACAGAUGGUUCCUACACCUGUCAGUGUUUGGGGGACUACUUUGGCAACGGACACACCUGCUGGCCCAGGAGAGCCCCACAGUCCAAGGCUCUCAUGGAAUGUUUUCAGACCCACUAAGUCACACGCAGGGCGGACUACCACACAGCGAGAGAGCACAGACAGGUCAAUUUCACGUUUCCUUCCGAACGAUUAGGCUCGUGACCCUGGGAGAGGGGGAAUUGCAAUACUUGAAGGUAAUAACUGUAAUGACAGGAGACGGUGGUAGGGGGCACUAUGUGUUGUGUCGGGGGCCUCAGUUGUCGUCCCGCAGGCUUCGCAGCGCUGGUGAGAGUGGAGCUCGCGGUGAGAACAGGCAGCUGCUGCCUGCUGAAGGGCCCUGCCACUGACCCUAUUCAUCCCAACAGCAGGUGUCACAUCAAGUCCCCGCCUCACCCUCGCGCACGCACAUUCACACGUUCCCCUCACGCGCACACACACACACACACACACAUACGCACACACACGCACACACACACGCCCAUGUGCAAAAUCACCGAGCCCAGUGCACAUUAGGGGGGGACCUGGAACUACUUACAGAGAACAAAGAGGGAAAUCAGACAAAAAUGCAGCCUCCUCGAAUAAAUCUCACCACAAUGCUGAGAAAAAUCCCCAACCUCACCCCGAGAAAUGCAAGAAAAACCUGGUUCCUCUCUUUCAAAGCAGUCAAAAGUGUCUUACAAAAGCAGAAAUAGAAAACAUUUUAGAUAAAAGGAUCCGGGCCCCUUUCUGAAAAGGACCUCACACCAAGAUGGGUGUAAUUCCAACCAGAAACUGGUUUAUUUACCAAAAAAUAAUAAGAUUUAAUGCCAAAGCACUUAGGUUCCAAAUAAAGGACAACAAGUGGUGGGCACACUCGAGGGGGCGAGGGCGGAGAAAAAAAAAAGGAGGACGACGCCGGGGCGGAAAAUUUCCCUUUUCUCCUGCUUGUUAUUUUCUGGUCCUCUGUUUACACGACACAAGAUUUCACAUGGAGGAGUAGCUGCAGGAACAGUGGCGCUAGAGCCGUGCAGAGUGGCCUGCGCCAAAUGAAAGAAAACAGUAAACAUGUCAGAGGAAUUUUGGACGACGGCGGUGACACAAGCCCUCGCACCGAGGCCGUGGCAAUUUCGCGGAUCAAAGCGCCGCCGCCGCGGCUUUCCCCCUAUAUAAAGCAAAAUCAACAUUUAUCCUGAGAAAGUGAGCAAUGAUGCUGACAAGUGCACAGAGCCAACGACAAUACAAUAGCGGAGAUGCUAGGAACAACCGUGCCACCCACGUUGCUGACAGACCGUGCUUUCAAACACCACCGCUGAACUGUAAAACCACUAAAACCCCUGUCUUGCCCAUACUGUCCUUUUCACUUUAGUUUGAAAUAAGCCAGUCCUUUCUCCCUUAUGCUCCCUCCAUCAGAGGAGCCCUUUCCACAGCAAAAUUCCGUUAUUAUGUCUCUAUAAUGUCACUAUAAGGAAGAAAACAGCGCAGUGUUUCCAUGAAUGAAUUCAAA